CGACCGAAAUUAACGACCGAAAAUUUCGGUCGUUAAAAAGGCGGCCGUAACGACCGAAAUUUUAAUAUUAACGACCGUUUUGUUUAAUAUUUUAAAUCUUAUUUUUUUUUAUUUCCUACGACCGAACGAAACGGUCGUUAACUUAUAACGACCGUAACUACGACCGUUUUUACGGUCGUUGGUUUUUUUUUUGAAUUUUGAUAUAUUUUUAAUGUAACGACCGUUUCUAACGGUCGUUGUAUUUUAAUUUAUUUAAAUUUGAGUUCUGAUAUUUUUAAGUUUUCGGAAAUAUUUAACGACCGUUUUUUAACGGUCGUUGUAUUUUAAUUUAUUUAAAUAUAUUUAAUAUUAACGACCGAAAUAAUUAUUUAUAACGACCGUGUUUCGGUCGUUGUAUACCGAAAAUUAUUAAUAUUUUAAUUAAAAUUAGCAACGACCGAAAAACGGUCGUUAAAUUGAAAUUCGGUCGUUGAAUUCGCGGACUUAACUUAGGUUUUCUAAUUUUUCCCCCAUUUUCUUCUCCACCCUUUCCUCCUCCGAUUCUCCACCUCCUUCCGCCGAUUUCGCCGUUCCCGACACCGCCGCCUCCGUCCAUCGAACGGCCACCUCCACCGGACGCCGCCGCUGCUGCUCCUCUCCGUCCGACGCGACCGCUGCUGCUUCUCUCCGUCCGACGCGACGCGACCGCUGCUGCUCCUCUCCGUCCGACGCGCCGCCGCCGCCGCUCUCCGUCCGACGCCGCUGCUCUCCGUCGACGUGAUACUCUACGCCCCCUGCCCUCGCCGGACCGCCCCUGCCCUCGCCGGAAAGCUCCUGCCGUUGCCGGAAUAAGAGAUUGUAGGAAAUAUAAACAUGAGUUUAGAUAGAGGGUGGAUGUAUAGGCGAUAUGCUCAAGGUAGUCUAACAGGAGAGUUCAUGGAUGGAUUGGAAGUAUUUAUCCAUUAUGCACUUUCUCGACCGGACUUAAUGAUUGGAAAUAAGAUCAAAUGCCCAUGCACGAAAUGUAAGAACAAAAAAUUUGAUACUCCAAUGACUGUUAGGGUUCACUUGGCAAAGAAUGGUUUUAUCCCUAGAUACCAUAUAUGGACGAUGCAUGGUGAAGCGUUAGUGCAAGUCCCUGAUGUUGCUAGGCGUAUUGUAACCAUUGAGGAAGAUAGAGAAGUUAAUCGUUAUGAGACGAUGGUGAUGGAUGUAGCGACAGCUCAAUUUCACAAUGUCGAUGAUCUAAUUGAAGAAUCUCCAAACCCAACAGCCCAACAUUUGUAUGAUAUGUUAAAGGCGGCUGAUAGAGAGUUGUGGCCUGGCUGUAAAACCCAUACCCAAUUAUCUCUUGUAGCUCGAUUGAUGAGUUUAAAAUCUGAUAAUAAUAUGUCUGAGCGAUGUUUUGAUCAGAUUUUGGAGUUGAUUAAAGAAAUAGUUCCCGAUAAUAAUUUGGUGACUGGAGAUUUCUACAGUGCAAAGAAAUUGCUUCGUGGGAUGGGUUUGCCAGUUGAGAAGAUUGAUUGUUGUCGUAAUAAUUGUAUGCUUUUUUGGGGGGAUGAUGAAAGCUUGAACGAGUGUAAGUUUUGCGAUGCAAACCGUUACAAAGAAUCUUCUGGUCCCAGUGGUAGUCGUCAACGACGCCUAGUUGCAGUAAGUCAGAUGCAUUACUUUCCCAUCACUCCAAGAUUGCAAAGGUUAUAUGCAUCUAAAGCAACAGCAGCUGAUAUGCGAUGGCAUGCUACAUCAGUUAAUGAUGGUGUGAUGAGACACCCUGCAGACUCACCUGCAUGGAAACAUUUUGACAACACAUUUCCUGAUUUUGCGGCUGAGGUCAGAAAUGUGAGAUUGGGGCUUUGUACUGACGGAUUCUCGCCAUUCAACAAUUUUGGAAAGCAAUAUUCCUCAUGGCCAAUCCUACUUACUCCAUACAAUCUUCCUCCUUGGAUGUGCAUGAGAGAACAACACAUAUUUCUCACUGCUGUCGUCCCUGGGCCACACAAUCCAAAGGAUAUGAUUGAUGUUUUUCUUCAACCGUUGAUUGCUGAGUUAUCUCAUCUUUGGGAAGUGGGUGUCCAAGCGUAUGACAUAUCAUUGAAGAAUAAUUUCCAAAUGCGUGCUGCACUUUUGUGGACAAUUAGUGACUUUCCCGCUUAUUCUAUGCUUUCUGGUUGGAGUACAGCUGGUAGAUUGGCAUGUCCACGUUGUUGUGAUGAUACAGAUUCUUUUCGAUUACCUUUGAGUGGUAAACAAUCCUGGUUUGACUGUCAUAGGAGGUUCUUACCCACUGAUCAUCCUUUUCGACGCAACAAAUAUGCGUUUAUAAAAAAUGCUCAAGUAAGAAAAGGUCCUCCACAAACAAAAAAUGGGUACCAGUUGUUGGCUGAGAUUGAGGGAUUGGGGAUUAAAAAAGUAACAGAAUUGACAGUUGAAGAGACUCGAUUACGGAUAUCUAAACGACAAAGAACUUAUGAAUCAGGUUGGAGGAAAAAAAGUAUAUUCUGGGAUUUGCCAUAUUGGAGUUCGUUGCUUAUACGUCAUAAUCUUGAUGUUAUGCAUAUAGAAAAGAACGUCUUUGAUAAUUUGUUCAACACCAUUAUGAACACUAAAGGCAAAACAAAGGAUACGGCCAAAUCUCGCGAAGAAUUGAAUAGGUUUUGUCGCAGACCUGAGUUAGAAGCCAAUGAACAAACAGGAAAGUACCCUAAAGCAUGUUAUAUGCUUGAUAAUGAUGAGAAAAGAAUCUUACUUAAGUGGAUUGAAGGGCUUAGAUUUCCUGAUGGCUAUGUAUCCUCGUUGGGUAGAUGUGUCAACUUGAGUACACUUCAAAUGUUUGGUAUGAAGAGUCACGAUUGUCACGUGAUGAUGCAACGAGUAUUGCCGGUCGCACUAAAAGAUCUUCUACCAUUCAAUGUGUGGAAAACAAUUACAGAUCUUUGUCUCUUUUUCAAAGAUUUGACUUCACCAAACAUUCAAGUUGACAAUCUUCUUCAGAUGCAAAAAAAUAUUCCUGUCAUUCUCUGUAAGUUGGAAAGAAUCUUCCCUCCUAGUUUCUUCGACUCUAUGGAGCAUCUUCCAAUACACUUGGCCGAUGAGGCUAUGAUGGCAGGCCCUGUACAGUAUAGAUGGAUGUAUCCAUUUGAGAGGUACUUGGGAAAGUUGAAGAAAACAGUUAAAAACAAAGCCAAAGUUGAAGGAUCAAUUACAAAUGCUUAUCUUGUGGAAGAGGCUACAGCAUUCUGUUGUUAUUACUCAAUCCGGGUCUAA